AAGGGCUCUCUUGUUAAUGCUUGUUUGCCACAAAUUGCGUUUUUAUUAGUUUUUUAUACUUCCAUGCCUACUACAGCAUUGGAUAAUAUCUCCUUUUUACCAUGUGUGAUUUUAGAUGAAUUCUAAUAUAAGUAUCUUUCUUGUGCAUUUCAGAAGACGAAAUUACCUUCGAAGAUUUGAUUCUCUUUACUGAUUCAUCAGCCUCAAAACUCAUCCCAAAAACAGGCCCCAGGCUUAGAUUUCUAAAAGCAAUUGCAGAUUUAAAACCUUCAGAAUUGCCAAAAAAAUUGGAACCUUCGGAAAAUUUUAAACCUGUAGAAGUAGCCGAUUUGAAACCUGUAACUAAAUUGGAUCACGUUGUAGAUGCGGAUAAGGAGAUUGAUGCCUUGUACGAAAUUUUAACUAAUUCUGACGAAUAUCCAUCAAAGGACGACAAAGGUCCAUCAAAGGACGACCAAGGUCCAUCAAAGGACGACCAAGGUCCAUCAAAGGACGACCAAGGUCCAUCAAAGGACAACCAAGGUCCAUCAAAGGACGACCAAGGUCCAUCAAAGGACGACCAAGGUCCAUCAAAGGACGACCAAGGUCCAUCAAAUAAAACAGGAGAUCUCAACGCGAAACCUCGAGAGUUGUACGACAAAGUCUGCAGAGGUAUCGGUGCGAAAUGCAUCGAUACAUACGAAUUGGGAAAUGCUUCUCCUGCCGAAGUUAAGGAGCUGCAAGAUUUCAUUUCUGAUAUUUUAGAUGCAUCACUUGACGGAAAAUAUGUCAAAGAUGCUUUCAAGAAACAUGUGGUAACUGGAAAAAUUCGAGAAAUGUUACAAACCAUUCUAAUCACUCACAUCCAAAAUUCUUGCGUUAAUCACAAAAUUACUCCCAAUAAGUUCAAGUAUUUGGCAUUAGCAGUAUCUGCAGCCUUUCCAGGGGAAAGCAAAAAUAUCUAUUAUAUACCGAAGCCUCCUUCUUCGAAAGAUUCAAAGAAAAAUAUUGGACCCAAAGGCCAGCUCUACCAGAAAUAUCAAUACCGCAUAAAGCUUUUUAAGCGAACCGGCUUCUUCGAGAAGCAGUCAAGUGAGAAGCCGUCCGUGUUGAACAACGAACCUGUUGUUAAUCUUCUCUCAGAGCCAGAUCCUAGCGUUGAUCAAACCAAGUUAGAAGAGGACCAUAAAUGGGUGCAGAAUAGUUACUCCCCUUAUGAUAUUUUUGAAGAUAAGUGGCUGAGCACCAUUCAUUUGCGACUGAAGCCACUGCACGACAAUACUAAUCUCCAGAUACACCAAUAUCUGGAAAAAUACCCCGUUUAUAAAAAGGAAAUAGGGGCAACAGUGAUCAGAGUAGACUUCAACUGCCUCUUCCCAGGAAAAGAAAAUGUUUUGGUGACGACGUGGCCUGCUUUAAAGGACGACAUUCUGAAAGUAGUGGCGGUUAAGGCGACUGCUGAGCCGCAGUAUAAAACCUUUGUCGACAAUGAGUUUCCCCUUUUUGCCCUUCGUGACAGCUUGAAUGAAGAAGAAAAGUCACUCCUUGCCCUGAGAACUCUACCUAGCCUGUUCGCCCCUCUACCGGGGAAAAAAAGGGAAAAAUUUUCUCGCAAGGAAAUCGUUGAUGACUUUAUGCUGUUUGUGCCUUCAGACAAUGAAAUCGAAAUUGAACUAAAACGUCGUGACGAGAAGCUGAAAAAAUCUGGCAGACAAGCCCAACCCUUGCCUGUUGUCUCUGGCACCGAAUGCCCUCAUUGUGCUGUCGUUUUCAAUAACUAUGUGUAUAAUGUUGAAACACCCAUUGAUGCAUUAGAUUUAUGUUUUAAACUGAUAAUGGUUUUGAACGCAGAGUUUUCACUCAUUAGUAAUCAGGUUUGGUCCUUAAUUCAGCAGCAUAUUUUCAAAAUUACAACACCAUUUGAUGCUAAAAUCCCAUCCGUAGAGGCUGUGGCAUCCACCUUGGGGCUCAUUUCUUCCUCACAGUGAUUUCUGUUAUCUGGGUUUUAUCGCUCAUGGUU